AUCUAUCAAUGUUUGCACGCCGCAUAUUAUGUCUGGUGUUGUAAUACAAGUUCAACAAUAUCAGCCUUCCGCCGCCACCACAUUCCUCACAACCAAAUCAGGAGAUGCGUCCGAAGAAUCUGACCUCCUUCGCUCCAUACGUGCUGCCAUUCGAAGUUCUCGUACUAAUACUGUGACCACGACUUUUAGCCCCCUCUUCACAGGUGGAUCGGAGUCCUGGAUAGACCAAGAACUUUCCUGGAACGACUAUUGCGUGGUUCUGAGUGAAGGUGGCGUCAUCAAGAGGAAAUGGGACCUCACGCAAGAAAAUCAGAUCAUCCAACACGCUUGCGUCGGAAAACUCCUGCAGCCGACGGGAUGUUCUAGUCGUCAGGCCCACGGCAGUGCCCACUAUACGAGAUCAAACGAAACACCUGGAGCUACGAACAUCUUUGGACCCUUUGCGUCACUCCGAGACGAAACUAGAGCUGUUGGGGAUGCAGACGAGGAGAUAACGGGCGUGUUUGUGUUCCUGCGGAGCAUUGGAAAGGUUUUCUUGCAGAAUGGGAUGGACUACACGUUUUCGCUUCCGUUUCUCGUUCACAAAGCGUGGCCGCUUCAUCCUCAUGGUGUCCUUAUCCAGCGAAUCCUUGAUCCGGCUGAAGUUGACGAGGCUCGGGCUACCGGAGAUGAGCUAUUACCCACCAUAUUCACCAUCACAAGCGCGUUCUCGGAGCCUGAAGCUGUAGGGAUCACGAGUGGCAUUUUGGGAGGCUGCGGUAACGAACCUGUUGCUUUAGUAGAUGAGGAAGAGAAUUGUUCCAAGCCACUGGUCACUGUCUCUGCUAGCGAGGAGGUCGUCUGGGUCUCUCCUGGCGUCCCUAAUUCAACUGGCGAAUUUUUGGUCACCUUCGAUGCAGACAAAGGGGGUCUGUCCAUAUGGAGAUAUGCCUACAUCAAACCCAAAGACGCUCCUGUGCCUCUUACUCGGGCUAUACGUCGCAGUACUUCGCGGAAGAGCAUGUCUGCACCCGGAAACAGGCGACAAUCAAGCAUCAGCGACCUAUUAGAACUUGACCGCCGUCUACCGUCUCAAGACAUGGAGUUUGAUGGUGAUUUCCCCCCACCGUUUCCCUCAAUGUCAGCUUCAACGGCAACUAGUAUCACUGCUCAACCACCAAUACCAGGACGAAAACGGGAUUCCCUCACUCGCCUAGAUCUCAGUUUGACAAUGGACAGAAUGGCGCUUGGGGGACAGAAAGAUGCAGAAGUGUUGAUCACCCCUGUCGAACAUGGAAGAAUGAAGGCGUCUUAUUGGGCCCAGCAAUUGACCACUCAUCGUUUGGGAGGGAGACAACUGUCGUCGCGGGAUAUCUCUGUUGCGUUAUUUGAUCAACGAUGUGAUGACAAGGCUCACCACUCGCUCCUCGCAGUCUGCCUGCCCGAGGCCAAGGUGAUCGUCUUUACGAUUACCUUUGAGGAAGGCAAGAAAUCAUUUGUGGUUGAGACUCUCGGCACUCUGGAAGCCGUCGCAAUUGCGCCGAUACGCGCAACGCGCGGUGAUAUUUGGGACCUCCUUGCAGUGAAGAAGGAUGGUUCAUUAUCAUUGUACACCCAUGGAUUACACGAGCUGCGUAUACGACUGAGGCUCGCGCAGCCCUGGAACGGCGACAGCAAUGAUUCAUUUGAGGUCAUCUCACUUGAUCAUGUUGUAGCAUUGAACCACGUUUGCGUCUCGUCGGUGUUUAUGGAGAUGAGUGAUGGGAAGGUCUAUUAUGCACGACUGGACAUGACCCCAUGCGAUCCAUUGGUGACUCAGGCCAUACAGGUUCUGUCACUUGUGUUGCCGAAGGCUCAAGCUUUUGAUCUGCACCGAAACUUUCUCGAGUCAUGGUCACAGCAUUACUUCCGAACAUCGCCUGGGCUCGAGUUCCAGGAGUUCACGCUCGCACUUUUCGCCCUUCUUGAGCUGAAGCUUGUGUAUCCAUUCAAAAACGACGAGUCUACAAGUUCUUCUGUGUGGGAAAGAUUUUCAGCUCUGUCUACUUCUAUUCGUUCUUUCAAUGACGAUCCGGCUCUCAAGCGCUUGAAGCUUCCUACACCCCCGACCACGCAACAUUACUUCCUUUUUACUCUGACCGUCAACCCUCUCCUCGCGCCUGUGCUCUAUGCAUUACAUAUGCUGGCAGAGGAUCUCCGCUUAGUGGUCCUUCGAUACGAAUCUCUCAUGCUCCUCAUUCCUCUGAUAUGUCAAAUUGCACACAUCAUUCGACCAGAAUGGGCAGAUUACUGGAAGCGCCUCUGCCCCAAUAUCAUGCCAGGAUGGCCAGCCCCAUCCACGACCCGUGUGGACAUGCUGGACGACCGGAUACCAGUCUGGCCGCCAGAUAUGUCGGCGAUUCUUUAUGGAAGCAUAAGUAACCCUGACUGGCAAUUCCCUGCGUAUGGAACUUCCCGACUGGCCCGAUCUUUUUCCAUUGAUCCGUCAUUUGCUUUCGGUGACACCGAACCGCUCGUGUCGUUGCAGCGUCUCACGGCGGCCUAUAAGUGUCUUGCUGACAAGACGGUGCCGUCUACACAAAAGCGGGCAGAAGUAACCGUUGAAAAGCUCGUCGACAUACUUGGGACGGCGGAGAAGGGUUCUGCAUUCCUCAAUAGUCUUCCCUUGGGUAUCGCGGCGCCCCUGAGAGAAGCUGUUAGAACCUGCCAGCUGGCGCCUCCUUCACACUGGCGUAAAGAGCAUUAUGACCUCAUUGGCCGGCGUGACUUGGCUUUCAGCGUCGCUGGGACACAGCCAGAGCUCUCUCAGAAGGGCAUUGCUCAGUCUCCCGAGACCUAUAUGAAUACUCAUCAACGAGUGACGAUCAGUAGUCUGGCCGAGCAGGCAAAGCAUGCAAGCAUCGGAGAAAUCGAUGCGGUUUCUGGAGUCGAGCUGGAUCUCAAGGGAUUUACCAAGAUCCGUUUUGGGCAAGAUCGCAGAUUGGAAGAAGUGGCCCGUAUGCUUUGUUCGUCAGCAAUUCCAUCGGUUCGGCUUAUAGAGCGCCCGGAAUUGAACGAACAUGACCAAGCGAAGGAACAGCAGCAUCAAGUGGUUCGUAUCGCAGAGCGAACGCUGGCACUUCCCUAUGGCCGUGCUAUGUUCACCUUUGGUUCUGUGUUGAUGGUCACGAAAGAGGCCUAUAUCAUCCCCAAGAUCGAGUAUGCGGUUAAGAUACAACCAUCAAAUAUCACUACUGCACCCGAGAUUGGCAAGAUACCUAUCGAUUGUCUCAGCUGGGGCGAGUUCCAUAAUGGCGUUGCAGCAGGAUUACGCAUCGCUCCGGAAGCUCGCGGUGUGGAGAGUUCGUGGAUUGCCUUUAACAAGCCUUCCGACCUCACACCAGAACAUGCCGGCUUCUUGUUUGGCCUUGGGCUCACGGGCCAUCUCAAGGAAAUGCUUACAUGGCAUACCUUUGGAUAUCUAACCCCAAAGCAUGACUUGACGUCCAUCGGCGUCUUGCUUGGUUUGUCAGCUGCGAACGCUGGGACAGGCAAUCGGCAUGUGACAAAGCUGCUUGCCGUUCAUACCCCAGCUUUGCUUCCCACGCAGAGCGUUGACUUGAACGUAUCCCUCAUGACCCAAGCGGCCGGUUUGGCGGGAGUCGGCAUUCUGUACCUCGGUACCAAAAAUAGGCGUAUGGCAGAAGUAUGUCUUCACCAAAUCAGCAGAAAAGACCUCGUGCAACCGGACCUUAGCAAUGAACACCGAGAGGCUUAUACUUAUUGUGCUGCCCUAGCCUUCGGCAUGAUAAUGCUAGGUCAAGGCUCCUCCGUACCCGCAGAUCUCUCAUCGCUCAAUCGCCUCCGCAUCCUUGUGCAUGGUGAAGGAAAGUCAGUUGUGAACUCCCAAACACGGCCGACAUUCGAUGUCAACAUCACCUCGCCAGCGGCUUCUAUCGCGCUUGGGCUGAUGUAUCUCAAGACAGAGCGACGAGAUGUCGCUGACAUCCUGGCGAUUCCAAGUACGGUCUUGGAACUGAACCGUAUACAACCCAGCUUUUUGCUCAUGCGGACCAUUGCAAAAUCCUUGAUCAUGUGGAACGAUAUCGCAGCGACGCCGCCGUGGUUAUUUGCUCAGGUUCCCGAAACUAUCGUAAAGGCUAUGCAUGGUCACGUACAAGGAAAACCGGCCGACGAUGCUAUCGAGCUUGCCUAUUACAACAUUAUUGCAGGUUGUUGUUUUGCUAUCGGCUUGAAGUACGCGGGGACAGCACGUCAUGAGGCGUAUAUCAUGCUUUCGAAUUACUUUGAUAUGUUCAGUAGAUUUGUGGCAGCUAGUGGCCCUGCCUUCGACCACAAGAUCAAGCGCUCUGCUGUUCGUGAAGGCUUGAACCUCAUUUCUAUUGCGCUUUGUAUGGUCAUGGCGGGUACAGGGGAAAUCACCUGUUUGCGACGCCUGAGGUAUGCAUAUGGGAUGUAUCACCAAGCGUUUCGAUACGGUGUCCAUGUUGCAACUCAUCUGUCACUUGGUUUAUUAUUCCUCGGGGCCGGUCGCUAUACCCUCGGAACUUCGAAUGCCGCAAUAGCUUGCAUGAUCGUUGCCUUUUUCCCCCGUUUCCAUCAUGUAUCGUCGGACAACAAAAGCUAUCUCCAGGCCCUCCGCCACCUCUGGGUUCUUGCAGUCGAGCCCAGAUGCCUUAUGGCACGGGAUGUUAAUACCCGGGAGGCAGUCUAUCUCCCAGUCAAAAUCACGACAAAAGAAGGUGCCGAAAAGGGCGCGACGCAGCUGAUAUCGCCCACAUUGAUACCGGAUUUCAACAAGCUUUUAUCCAUCAGAAUCGAUACGCCCCGCUAUUGGCCUUUCUUUGUGGACCUUGAAAACGUACCACAGCACAGGAGAAGCCUGUUAAAGCACCAAACGUUGUACGUGAAACGACGGACGGCUUUCUUGAGCUAUACGGAGGACCCUAGGGGAAGUAGAAGUCUUUUUGUCCGCUCUGGUUCAUCCGCUGGGGAUGCUGCAACUUUAGACUUUCCGCAACUGACCGACACGAAGGCGCACCCCGCAAGCGACCUGACUCAUUUCAUCUCAUCAUUCUCCAACGACACCCUAUUCCUAGCUUUCGCAGAUUAUUUCUCACGCGAAGACGGCAAGACAGUCGAAGAAAGAGUUUUCCACAAUUACUGUCACGCGGUCCUGCUCGAUAGCAUCCUCCAGGAUAAGAUGGAAACACUACAGUCCCAUCUGAUGCUCUAUCAAUAUCGCACGCAAUCGCCAUCGUGCAGCUACUUUCAUCUCCGGCUGCAAGAUCUCCGUUUUGCUGUUGACUUUUACAGCAAAGUCUACGAGCGGCGGUUCAGCGGGAAAUCCGAAAAUAACAUUCGGCCUUCCUUAAUUCGCGAAAAUACGGUCUCUGGCGCAUUACAAGCGUUGGAUGAGCGCCUUGCGCAGGUGCAGAGUUCUACGGCCCUUAAUAUGGUCUUUAGUAGAUAUGCGCGUGGGGAGCUUAUUGUGGAGUCUGAAGAUACCCCUGAGGUGUCGCGCUGGCUGGCUUGGUAUCUGCUGCGCCAUGGUGUCCCGUCUGCGUCGCUGCUGGCUAUCCUCAAGCAGCUUGCGCAAGAUGCUCAUACACAAUGUGCUGCUCCUGGGAACGUCGAUUUGAGGAUGCUGGAUGAGGGCAUAAAGGAAGUUUUGAGAGGGACGGGGACGAAAAUGAAUACGGUGUUUGGGUCGGGGUGGUCGGGUCCGUCUUUGGAGAGGGUUAUUGAUGCGUGGCAGGGACAUUCGUGAGAGCUGAUUCCGUCUGUGACUUUCUGUUGUUUAUUGGUAAAUGGCGAGAAGAUGUAGCAGAUAUGAUCGUGCAGAAUGAAACUUGCAGUUACAACCGUGGAUAUGUUCAUGUCCGUCCGGCAUGCAUUGGCAACCUUGCAUGGAGACACAUCAUCCAGAUGUUAAAGAUCCUGCGGAGAUUCGACCCAUAAUG